ACCGUCCAAGUGGCAGCGCAAACAGCCACGCCGGCCCAAAAUAGCCGCGCGCUCCUCAACGGAAAGAACACCCCGAGGAGGGACAAAGCCCUUAGGGAGGUCUUGCUAAGGGACCUCGGGGGGCCAUGCGCAGCAUGACCAGGGCGACUGCGUGCCCGGGAAAGGGUGGAGAGGAUGAGCUGGAGGCGCUCGGCCAUAGGAAGAGUAGAGUCCUCCAGGUGGUGGUGGACGGCCUCGCCGAGAUCGAGGUCGUCAUUAUGGUCACCCUCUGGCGACAACGAGGUACCAGCGUCCUGCUCACCAUACUCGAGCGCGCUGAAGCGGCGCGAGAAGUGGCGGCCCUGCUGCGCGGAACGGCGGGGGCGACCGCGGAAAGGGGAACGACGCUGGGAAGUGUCGUGAGAGGAGGAGGAGGCGUAGCCCGUGCGCUGAGGCUGGGAGGAGGAGGCGGGGUGAAGACGGGCUCACAUCCGUUGAUGGUCCCUGACGGCCUCUUGUACGGUGAGCACACAAUGAUCACUGCAUGCGGAUUUGACAUUAAAGAAAUGUUCACAUCAUUACCGCAUGCCGCUGUUAUGGAGGGUGUUCACUGGUUACUGAAACUAUGGGAGGAGAAGGGCUAUCAUCAGAUUACUGUCAGCAGAAGAGGUAAACUGGUAUCCAUGGGAGUGAAGCUCUUCGGCAAAGGCUAUGUGAAGAUCAAGUUUCGACAGAUACUGCAAUUUGUGGCCUUCGAGCUGCGGAAUACUUAUACUUCGUGCAAAGGGAAGCUCCUCGGACAGAGGAUUGGACUGCCAAUGGGGAAAAAUUCUAGCCCGCCAUUGACUUGCAUACUUUGUGCGAAGUUCGAAGUCGAGUUCCUAGCUUCGUUGGGAAGAGACCGGAGGCUGGUGCAUGGUGUUUGGUUCAUGGAUGAUGUGUCCCUGGCUGUUGUUUUCAACCGUAGGAAGGAGGGAUCAGUGCAGAAAGCUUUGCUUAUCAUGGAGAAGUUUAAAAACUGCUAUGGUAGCAAACUCUCACAGGUCCGCACCAACGACGGGUCAAAUACUAUCGAUUUUAUCGGGGCUAGGAUCAUUAUCACGGAAGGUAGAAUUCGGUUUAUUCUAGAACCGAAAGCCAAGAAUGAGUGUACUCAGCGACAGGAAGAGCUCACGUUUCGCUGCUUUCAGGAUUUCUGCUCCUACUGGGAUAAGCGGGCCAAGAUCGGAGCCAUCACGGGCAGCCUUCACCGUAUUCGGCAAAUGGCGAACUGCGGGAGCAUGAUCAUCCUCCCUGUGAUAGCCAUGAAGCAGGAACUUUUGCGCCGGGCCCAUCCCCCGACGCUUUUCUUCAAUGCCCUAGCACGUUUUGCUAAGGGCACCAUGGCACUCAAAGAGCCUUGGCGGACGAUGCUUGAGUGCAUGGUGCAACACGUUAAGCAGGAGAAAAACAUCUUGAGGAAGGUGGACUACCCAUUCAUUGUGAAUUUGCUUGGCUAUUGCCAAGAUCCAGAGUGUGUUCAUCUGGUUCUUGAAUAUGUGGUUGGUAAGAAAGCUCUGGACAUAGAGGCAAAGUUGGGAUCCGCGCAUCAGACAUCUCAUGAUGGUGGGAGGAGACUUCCCCAGGACUGGAAGAAGAAGGGUCAGCUGAUGUUCGUGGACCAUGAUGGUAAAAUGACGGAGAUUGACGAUUUCCCAGACCUUGGGGAGGUGACAGAGCACGAUGGGGCUAGUGAGACUUCGGAUGGGGGAGUCGUGACACCCAUCAAGGAAAAGGCUAGGGGGACCGGGAAAAAGAAGGUAGUACGGUCCACGGGUCAGGGCGACCAAGGAACACCCGCAUGGGUAAAACUUGGUUUAGAGUAUGAGGCAUGGAGAGACCGAGUUGCUAGGGGCACGUGCAUGAACUGUGGCAACUAUGGCCACACGUCUCGAACGUGCCGAGGCAAGAAAGUCUUGACGAGGGUAGUCUCACCAACGGUGGUGGGACUUCCUUCGAACUCUGGUGGCGUGGUGGAAAGGGAGGUUGUCCAUGCAAUAGAGGUUGUCCCAGGUAGCAAGGUGCCUAGAGGACGAAUCUAUAGGAUGUCUCCUGCAGAGUUAAAUGAGCUCCACCGCGAGCUUACGGAGCUCACAGAGAAGGGAUGGAUUCAACCUAGUACCUCCCCUUACGGCGCUCCAGUCCUAUUCGUACCGAAGAAGGGAGGUACCUUGAGGAUGUGUAUUGACUAUAGGGGCCUCAAUGCCAUCACCGUUAAGAACACGGAGCCCCUACCCCGCAUCGACGACCUCUUGGAUAGAGUGUUGGGAUGCCGGUACUUCACCAAGAUAGUUCUGAAGUUCGGAUACCAUCAAAUUGCCAUUAGGCCUGAGGAUCAACGCAAAACCACAUUUCAGACCAGGUACGGUCUGUACGAGUUUGUGGUGAUGCCCUUUGGACUAUGCAAUGCACCUGGUACGUUCCAGCACGCGAUGAACAGGAUUUUUCAUGACUACUUAGACAAGUUUAUUGUCGUGUACCUAGACGAUAUUCUCAUCUUUAGUAGGACUGUAGAGGAGCACGUUGAGCACUUGAAAACAGUGUUAGGUCUCCUAAGACAACACCAGUACAAGGUUAACUUGGAGAAAUGCGAGUUUGGUCGCACAAAGAUCUUGUACUUGGGUCAUGAAAUCUCAGCUGAUGGAUUGAGGUCGGAUGAUGCCAAAGUGGCCAGCAUACGUGACUGGCCCAGACCUCAGACUGUUACUAAGGUCAGAUCGUUUUUGGGGAUGACGGACUACUAUCGUCCGUUUGUGAAGAACUAUAGUACUACAGCUUCCCCAUUGACAGAUCUAACUCGACUGGACACCCCUUGGGAGUGGAUUGAAGAGUGUGAGGCGACCUUUAGGAAACUGAAGUACGCCCUAACCCACUAUGAGGUUCUUAAACUUCCUGAUCCUGAUAAGUCGUUUGUCGUGACCACAGACGCCAGCCAAUAUGGCAUAGGCGCGGUCCUUGCACAAACGGAGGGGCCCAAGUUGAGACCUAUCGAGUACAUGAGCAAAAAGAUGUCAUCUCAGAAACUAGUUAGUCCACUUAUGAGCGUGAGCUCUAUGCCCUGUACAGAGAGAGAAGGUUAACAACAGUCGUAUUUUUCAUCACCACUUCAGGAGCCCCUUCACCACUUCAGGAUGCAGCCAGUGUGCCUAAACAGGUGGUUUUCAGGGUCUUCGGACCUUUCACCACUUCAGGACCAUUCAGGUCUGAAAAUCCUGAAUGGUCCUGAAGUGGUGAAAGCUCCGAAGACCCUGAAAACCACCUGUUUAGGCAGGCUGCAUCCUGAAGUGGUGAAGGGUGGUUUUCAUGGUCUUCGAACCUUUCACCACUUCAGGACCAUUCAGGAUUUUCAGACUGCCCAAAACUCUCACUUAACCACUUCAGGACACCCUUCACCACUUCAAGAUGCAGCCUGCCUAAACAGGUGGUUUUCAGGGUCUUCGGACCUUUCACCACUUCAGGACCCUUCAGGAUUUUCAGACUGCCCAAAACUCUCACUUCAGAAUUUUCAUUCGUGAAUUUUCAGCUACCCGAUAACCGCGUGUGUGUACACAACGCUGGUACAUUGGAGACACUAUCUCCUUGACAGAUUCUUCUAUGUGAGAUCUGACCAUGAGACCUUGCGCUGGAUCAAAACUCAGCCAGUACUCUCUGACGCACUCAAGCGCUGGAUACAAGUGAUAAACAUGUAUGACUAUC